AUGGGCAAAAAACAACUAACAACAACUGCUUUCAGCGAACCAGCAGUCAACACUGCCACCAAUACUACCGCACAAGCAGGUGAUGCUCGUCGAGCUCUAGAAAAUUUUCUGGUGAUCUGGCUUGAUGCCAAUUUGGAUGAAUCCAAAGAGGAUUAUAAGAAAUUAAUAGAACAUUUACGAGAAAACGCAGUAACGGUUACAACAUUUACAGAUGUCGACCAAUGUGUUGAUUUUCUUAGUGAUAUUCAAGAUGAAAAAAUAUUUAUGAUUGUAUCCGGUACAUUGGGACAAUAUUUAAUACCAGAAAUUCAAGCAUGUCCACAAUUAAAAUCCAUAUAUGUUUUCUGUGACAAUCAAUCGAUUCAUGAACCAUGGGCAAAAACAAUAUCGAAGGUAAAAGGUGUUUACACGCAAAUUGAACAGAUCGGUGAAACAUUACAAACCGAUUGUAAACAUUGUGAUCGAUCUAUGAUAUCGAUCAGUUUUCGUGGAAUUGAUCCUUUAUUUAUGUAUACGCAAUUAUUAAAAGAAGCACUUUUAGAAAUCGACGAUCAUGACACAAAGUCUAUUAAAGAACUGGCUGAUUAUUGUCGAAUUCAAAAAGCGGCUUCUGAACUCACACUUGAAAAACUCGAAAAAGAAUAUCGAAACCAUACAUCCAUUUGGUGGUAUACAGGUCCCUAUUUUAUUUAUUCCAUGCUCAAUCAUGGUCUUCGUCUAAUGGAUGUUGAAGUUAUACUCAAAUUGGGUUUUUUUAUUCGACAUUUACAUCAAUAUAGGAAAUAUUCAGAAACCACACAAACCUGCUGCAUGACAUGUGUAGCCUUCUUCAUGAUUGAGUCUUACAUACGUAUGAUUGAACUAUGGCUACUCUUGUAA